ACAGGGACAGUUUGGUGUUUCCAGAGAAGGCUGCCUGUCCCGCGUGCGGCCGACUGGUAGUCCACAGCGACCUCCGUACCUCUGGUCCCGCAGAGAACGUCACAAUGACGCCCCUGUCGCGGUCCCUCUCGCCGCUGGUCAAACGGACGGAGUGUCUGUGGAGGCUGGGGGUCUUCCGUAGCUUUCUACAGGGGCAGCCCGACCGCCGGUCCAUACCUGGUUGUUGGAAGCGGAGUUUCAGGGCAGUGUCCUGCGGAGGAGCCGGUAUCCAGCCGCUGCUGAAGCCGCCCGAAGCCAAGCAGAGCACCGCAUCUCUGAGCAGCAGCAGCUCCUCAGAGGGUCCGGAGGAUACAGACAAGCUGUGGUCUGUGUACAAAGAGACGAAAAGACAGACAGAGGUUAUAUCCACCAGCUCGGUCGAUCCGGACACCAUUUUUGCAAACAAUGAGAUGAGCCUGCGAGACAUCGAGAUCUACGGUUUCGACUAUGACUACACCCUGGCGUUCUACUCCAGCCACCUGCACACGCUCAUCUUCAACAUAGCGCGAGACAUCCUCAUCAACAACCACCGGUAUCCAGAGGGUUUGCGGAAGUAUGAAUAUAUUCCAGAUUUUGCUGUAAGAGGGCUUCACUAUGAUGUCCAGAAGAGAGGCCUUCACCCAGUGCCUGAUGAGGAAGUCAUCGCCAUGUAUGAAGGCUCCCACGUUCCUCUAGAGAUAAUGAGUGAUUUUUAUGGCAAGAGUACACAUGGCCACACCAUGAAACAGUUCAUGGACAUUUUCUCCCUGCCGGAGAUGACACUCCUGUCUUGUGUCAAUGACUUCUUCAUGAGGCACAACAUCGAUUACGAACCCGUCCAUCUCUACAAAGAUGUAAAGGAAGCUAUCAGAGAUGUCCAUGUCAAGGGUAUUAUGUAUCGAGCUGUGGAGGCAGAUAUUGGGAAAUACAUUUGCUACGGUGAGCAAAGCCACGCUGUGUUGAAGAAGCUGUCGGCACAUGGAAAGAAGAUGUUCCUCAUCACCAACAGCCCUUUUGAUUUUGUGGACCGUGGAAUGACCUACAUUGUAGGAAAAGAUUGGAGAGAUUUGUUUGACGUUGUUAUUGUCCAGGCUGAUAAACCUAGUUUUUUCAACGACAGAAGAAAACCUUUCAGGCGGGUGACAGAUAAAGGCGUGUUACUGUGGGACAGAAUUCACAGGCUGGAGAAAGGACAGAUUUACAAGCAGGGAAACCUCUAUGAGUUCCUUAGACUCACUGGCUGGAGGGGAUCCAGAGUGCUUUACUUUGGAGAUCACAUUUACAGCGACUUGGCAGAUUUAACUCUGAAACACGGCUGGAGAACAGGGGCCAUCAUCCCUGAGCUAAGAAAGGAGAUAAAGAUCAUGAACACUCCACAGUACGUCCACAUGAUGACCUGGUUACAGGCUCUGACAGUGCUGAUCGAACAGAUGCAGGUGCACCGGGAUCCAGCAACCCAAGCUGUCGUUGAGGAGUGGAUCAAAGAAAGAGAAGCCAUGAAGCCGCUGACGAAGGACAUCUUCAACGCUCAGUUUGGCAGUCUCUUCCGCACUUACCACAAUCCCACCUACUUCUCUCGCCGACUGUCACGCUUUGCAGACAUCUACAUGGCAUCGAUCAGUUGCAUGCUCAACUAUGACCUCCAGCACACAUUUUUUCCUAGACGCACCCCUCUGCAACACGAGGCCCCCUUCUGGCCAGAACAAAGUUCUUCUGGAUUUGGGAUCUCUUCUUCUUCCCUGGCUCCUCAGGACCAAGACAGGGUCUGAUUAGUCACGGAAAGAGCAGAAGAUAAAGAUGGAACAAUCCCC